AUGAGACUUGAUGCUACAAAUUUUGCAAAUUUGGGAUCAAAAGACUUUAGAAUUUUGACUGCCAUUGAAGUUGGCAUGAAGAAUCAUGAAUAUGUCCCAGUGCCCCUAAUAAUAUCAAUUGCAAACCUCCCCUCCUGCGGGAUUAGGAGAAUCAUAACCAACCUUCAUAAGCUCAAACUUGUCGCCCAUUGGAACAAGCAAUAUGAUGGAUAUAAACUAACAUAUUUGGGCCUAGACUAUUUGGCAUUAAGGACAUUUAGCCUCGGUGGUAUCAUUGAGUCUGUAGGCAGACGAAUCGGCGUGGGAAAAGAGGCAGAUGUUCACAUUGCUAAAGAGUCUAAAGGAGAAUUGGUUGUAAUAAAAUUUCAUAGGCUGGGUAGAAAAUCCUUCCGCACAAUUAAGCUCAAUCGAGAUUAUCUAGGGAAGCGCAGUUAUGCUAGUUGGAUGUAUUUGGCCCAAAUUGCUGCAAAAAAAGAGUACUCCUACUUACUUUCUAUGUAUGAAAAGGAUUUCCCAGUGCCAAAACCAAUAGAAAUUAAUAGGCAUGCCAUCGUAAUGCAGUACAUAGACGGCGUACCUUUAUCGCAGGUCCGAGUACUUAAAACCCCCAGAAAUACACUAGAAACCUUGUUUAAGUUAAUUAUUGACAUGGCUGAAAUUGGUAUUAUCCACGGAGACUUUAAUGAAUUCAAUUUAAUCGUUGAUGAGGGGAAUGACAAAUUGUACUUGAUCGACUUCCCGCAAGUGAUUCCAAUAUAUCACCAAAAUGCGGCGACGUACUUUAACAGAGAUGUAAAUUGCAUCGUUGAACUUUUUAAUAGAAAAUUCAAGGUUAUUGCAUGUGAUUACCCCAAGUUCGAAGACGUUGUGUCUGAUGAACUAAUUCAUAGUAUCAGAUCUGCACAGCCUCAUUUAAAGAUCAACAAUGGAGAUGAAAUUGCGUUGCAAAAUUUUUUUCAACACAACAGCAGUUAUGUUACAAGUGAAAAUGAUAGUGAUAGUUCUCUAUAUUCACCAAAUGAUGAAAAAGAAUCUGAUAUCCAUGAAUCAGGAAGUGAUGAAUAUAAGAAUGGCGAAGGUUAUCAAACAAUUCUAAAAAAUGAUACCGAUAGUGAUAACAUCAUUGAUGAUGAUGAUGCUACCGAAGUAACGUCAGAUAGUGAGUCGGCAGAUAAUUACCAUAUAAAAAAAUCAAACCCUAUCCAAAUUUGGCGUCCAUACAUAUCAAGGAAUAGGGAGAAAAACAUACAAGAGAAUGUCCGAAACAAGCUUAGAAACAAGUCCAAGUCGGAGCAGCGAAAGAAUUGUAGACAGAACAAAAUUAAGUAUAACUUCGAACAUUAG